AUGCCGUCGCAGGCUCAGCUCACCAAUAACAGCAACAACAAUUCGACAGCUGUCGUUGGUGGCGGCAACGCCAAUCAUCGGCGUGCUGGCCAACGUUCCACGCCACCUCAGCAACAAAACUUUUACGCCACACUGGCAGCGCGUCCUGCGCCGAUGAACACUACGCCCACCGCUGCAGUGACGCCCAUUAUGAAUCCACGCGGCAGCGCCUUGAACGGCACAGCAACGUUUCACAUGCAGCCAACGUUCUGCUCGAGCAUUCCGCUUGGACCGCCGCCGCACAACUUGACAGCAACGCCACUGAUGGCGGCUGCUGCGCUAACUGCACCGCCACCGGCUGGGUCGACGGGUCUGCACACAUAUGCGCCGCAUCUGCAGAGCACUAGCUCCACCCCGGUGGGUAUGAACGUGGGCGUGGUCGGCGGCGGCGGCGUAACCGUUGGCGCCGUGUCUGGCGUGGCUGGCGCCUUUUCGUCCACCUCGCUGACUGCCGCACAGCAGAUAGGCGGGGUUGAUAAAGUGAAGGAGCGCAGGCACGCCAUACCCAUCAUACAUCCCGAUACCAAGGAGAAUGUAAUGGAUCCCAGCUCGUCGGUGUUCAUCAAGCGCGACUCUAGCUGCACGCUCAACUCGGUUACAAGCAGCGCCAGCAGCCUCUCGCACUAUCAGUCGGACAAGUCUGAUACAACCAAUGUCAUGGUCGAUCAUCAAAUGCAAACAGACAAGGCAGCGCAGUCGCAAUCGCCAACACAAUCGGAAUCGCAAUCGGAAUCACCAACACCAAAGACUACAGAGACAUCAAAUGCUGACGCUGACGUUGACGCUGAAAGCGAAGCAGAGCCCGCUGCUGUGGAAUCAGCACCCAAGUCAGCUACGCUCUCCGACGAGGACAAAGUGAGCGUCAUUGUCAAGGGCAUCCUAGCACACUCGGGCAAUCCUGACGAGCGUCUCAGCUUUUGGCAAUACAAUGCUGAAUUCAAUUAUUCGAUACACAUUGUAGUGGACAAUGCCGCAGAGCAACUGCCUAGUGACAAUUUAGAGGUGCAAAUUGAAGAGCUAACCAAUGCUGAGAGCAGCUCAACUGUGACCCCCACUGAGACUGCGCCCGUGCUGUUCAAGGAGCCACAGCAAAGCAGGAAGCGUCCCAAAUCAGCCAAUAAGCAAAGCACCGCCACGCCCACUUCAAUAGCCAAUGCUGUGGCCGAGGCUACAGCGGUUGCUGUAACGGCCAUAUCCACUGCUGUCAGCAGCAAUCCAUCGACUAAAGUUAUGAGCGCCAGCAGCAGCAAACCAGAGUCGCUGCCACAGAGUCCUACAAAGGCGCAGCGCUUGCCCUCCAGCUCUUCUUCGGCUGCUUCAACGCCCACACAUCAGUCCAAGGCGGCAGUUAAGCCCGCAGCAAAAGCAGCAGCAACAGCUGUAGCUCCCACAGCGUCGACGGCAACGAUAGUAACUGCAGCAGCAGCAGCAGCAGUUGCAGUCGCUGUGACAGCGAACAAGAAGAAUUCACGCAAGGCACAAAAGCGCAAGGAGCAAGAGAAAAAGAAACAAAAAUCAAUCCCAUCAACAGCAGCAGCAACGACAGUAACAUCAGCAGCAGUGGCAGCAACAACUGCAAGCGUCAACAGCAAUGCCAAAAGCAGCAGCAAAGACACAGCUGAUUGCAUUACAUUGCUGACUACGACAACAAUAACUCAAAUUACAACAACUACGACGACUGAUAAACUUAGUGCAACUAGUAAUAAUUCUAGCUUAAGUUCUAACCUAAGAGACAAGCCAAGGGAUAAGCAGCAGCAGCAGCGCAGCUUAAACAGCAGCACUGAGGAACCGCACUUGGCCAAUGUGGAUAUAAUGACCAAAUUCUUGCAGCAGAACCAAGGGCAAGAGUCAAGUCAAGAAGCACAAGAACCGCAGUUAGAAUUUCUCAACAGCAGCAGCUCCGUUUGCGGCGAUGAGGACUCGCUCAAUGGCAGCGUGCUGUCCAAAGCGAGCGAAACGCAAUUGACGGAGAGCGCCGUGGCCGAGCUGAAGUUUGGUGACUUUACAGAGGAGCCAGCACCAAUUACCACUGCUGCUAGUUUCAUAUGCAGUUCCACUUGGAGCAGUUCCACAGCUGACGUGGUGGUGGCUGACCAAGCGCCAAGCGCUGCAGUUGCCGUUGUCGACAGCGUAGACUGCGCACCGCCAGCGGCGCAGCCGAUGGAGCAAUUAGAGUUGCCCAGCAGCAAAAAACUAUCACCUGUGCAUCAGAAUACAGCUAAAAGCAAAUUGAACGCCAAGGCCAACUUUAUGCUGACCCAUACCGUUGGCAAGCUGAUUAGAUACAACAUAGAGGAGCUGCGUGAGCUGGCGAAGCUAAGCGAUUCAUGCAAACCGCCGCUAGUGCCGUGCCAAAAGGGCGACUGCAUCGCCCAACUGUUUGUCUCGCGCCAAUCGUCGUCGUCAGGCUCGUCGCAGCAGCAGCAGCAGCAACAGUCGCAUCAUCAUGGCUACCAGACGCAUGGACAGCAGUAUCAGCAUAUGCAUGAUGCGGACUUUGGCAACAAGCGUGGACGUGGUCAGCAUGGACACUUGGGCAACAAGAAACAUCAUGAGCAAAUGGGCGGCAACGCUGGCAGCAAUGCUGGUGGUGCUGCUGGUGGCGCCAAUCAGCGCCACAUGGACAUCAUACGCGUGCAGCUGUCGCUGAAGGAGGAGAUUAAGCUAUCGGAAUGCGAGAAUGCAUGGCAGCCAGAGACGCUGCGCCGCAUGUCGAUGAUGAGCAGCUCCACAGACGCGGAUCCCGACGACGACAUCGAGGGCGUGCUGAAGAAAGUGCGCGGCAUACUCAACAAACUGACGCCAGAUAAUUUCGAUGUGCUGCUAAAGGAAAUGUCCAGCAUCAAAAUGGACACACAAGCCAAAAUGACAAAUGUCAUGCUGUUAAUCUUCGAGAAAACCAUAAGCGAGCCAAACUUUGCGCCCACUUAUGCGCGCUUCUGCAAAGUCCUGUUCCAUGAGAUCAAAGCGGAGAACAAGUCACUCUUCACCAGCUCGCUAAUCACACGUAUACAGCACGAGUUCGAAUCGAAUGUGAAUGAUGCCAAUGCCAAGGCCAAGAAGCUGCAGCCCACUCAGGAGCGCAUGAACGCCUGCACCGAUGCAGCGAAGAAAACGGAACUGCGCGCCGAGAUGGAAGACUUGGAGUAUCAGUUUAGGCGACGCGCCUGGGGCACAGUGCGUUUCAUAGGCGAGCUCUUUAAGCUGCAGUCACUGACCAGCGAUCGCGUGCUGCACUGCAUCGAGUCACUGCUGGAGCAUGGCUGCGAGGAGAAAAUCGAGUACAUGUGCAAGCUGCUGACGACAGUGGGUCAUCUGCUGGAGAUGGCACCGCCCGAGCAGUAUCACAGCGGUGUGCGCAUUGAGAAGAUCUUUCGACGCAUUCAGGACAUAAUACAGCGCACGCGCUCGACGCGCCAGCGUGACCACAUAAAGAUUAGCAGUCGUGUGCGCUUCAUGAUGCAGGAUGUGCUCGACUUGCGUGCACGCAACUGGGAUCAGCCCAUAACAGCAGGCAACACAACAACAACAACGCAGCAGCAGCAGAGCAGUCAUCGCCAGCAGCGUCACGGCAACAAGCAUGAGGAUAACAAAUCACAGCAGCAACAGCAGUCGCAACGUGGCGGGCAGCAGCAGCAGUCACAGCCGCACUAUCAACAGUAUGGACAACAGCAGCAACAGCAUCAGCAUAAGCAUCACCAUGGGCAUGAUAAUAAUUAUUAUAUGCAGAACAAGAACAAGGGACAGCAGCAGGACAAUCAGUCGCUUAGCAUUGAUCCCAACAAGCUGCGCUUUAGCAGCAGCAACAAUGACGAUGCCAGCCAAGCCAAGCUGGGCAACUCAUCGCAUUAUCAAUGGCGCAAUGCUAGCAAUCGUCCUGUCAGCGCUGCCAGCGCACCCACAGCCACAUUGAGUUUGCUCAAGCGUCCAUCGGGCGGCAACUAUUUGCCCUAUCAACAGCAGCAGCAGCAGCAACAGCAACAACAGCAGCAGCAGCAACAAGCGCCUAAUAUUGCCACACAGCUGUUAAGCAAAUCGAGCAAUAUUAACAACAACAGCAGCAACAAUGAAACUGUUGCCUCCGAGCCCACCUUGAAUGCAAAGCAAUGCCAAGAGCUUGUCACCAAGCUGGUUGAGGAGGUGCUAAGCACACGCGACUGGCAACCAGAGGUGCUGGCCAUCUGGCGCCAUACGCUGAACAAGCAGCAGCAGCAAGCCGCAGCUGUGCUGCACUAUGUGCUCAUGGACUAUGUGCAUCGCGCCAAUGUGAAGCGUCAGCAGCGCUUGGCCUGCGCGCAUGUCUUUGCCUAUUUGAUGGCGCAGCAGGCGUUCGAUCGCGCUUUGUUUGCUCAGGCUUACGCACGCUUUGGCGAGGAGUUUCCCGAUCUGCUGGUGGACGUGCCCAAUGGCUGGACAUAUGUGUUUGAGUUCCUGGGGCCCAUUAUGCAUGCAGGCGCGCUGGAGCUGCUCGAUGUGUGGCAGCGCCGCUGGCUGGAGGAUGAGCAAUUCACGGAGCGUUUUGUGCGCGCUUUUGUCAACUACUUUGUGCAGGAAUUCGGUGCUGGCUAUGCGCGCAAGCUGUGGCAUGUGGACAACAAGCUGGACGCUGGCCAGCUCUUCUGGAGUGAUGCACGCAAGUUUCAGGACUUUAUACGCAUGAAUAGCUUUCAGUUUCUGGACUUUAACACAGGCGCCGCCUGCGCGCAACGUCCCAAGAUCAGCCGCAGCGUUGGCGAACAUAUGGAGCGCAUUAGUUAUCUGCUGAGCUUGUCCAGCGAUGCAGCCAUCGACUAUAUCAACACCAAUGUGCAUAUUAAUGUCGUUUUCUUGCGUCAGCUUACUAAAUUUCUUUGCUGCGACUUCGCGCUCACUAGCAACAACAACAAUAACAGAAGCAGCAGCGGCAACAGCAGCAGCAGCAGCAGCAACAACAAACAGGACUUGCAGCUUAAUGUGGAGAGCUUUAGGCGUCAGUGCACGCCGCUUUUGAGACUCUGCCUGGACGCACAGGAGGCGCAUGAGGUGGCCUGCAUUGAGGAGAUUGUGGACUCGCUGCAGCAGCAUUUCAGCGUCGAGCUGGAGGAUGAACUUGCCGCUGGCGACACCAUUUGCAGCGCGCUGGGCGUGCUCUACGAUUGUGAAGUCAUAUCGCGGGAUUCUUUUGACAAGUGGCUGCAGCGCGAACUCAAGCAGUCCGCAAAGCAGGCGCGUCCCUUUAUGGACAAGCUGCGCUCCUGCAUUGCGGACAUGUGAAACGAGAGACGAGAGACAACAACCACAACAACAACAGCAACAAUUAUAAAAACCAGCAUAGCAACAACGAAGAAGCAAAUUUGUUAAACACACUCAUGUAUUUCAUAUACAUUGAAAACAUUGACAGCGCCAGCUUGGGCGCUAUAAUUUUACAUCACGCGCGGUCGUAUAUAUACCCUACACAUAAUAACAGCAACAACAACAUAUAUGACAACAACAACAACCCCAGUAUAAUAUUAUAUUAUAUAAA